AUCAGACACACCGCACGGCGGCGGCACAGACAUGCAUUUUCGCUUGGGGAUGACGUGCGACUCCAAAAGCCAUGCAGGCAAGACACUCUUUGCCAGUGAUAUCAAAAUGAAGGAGGAUGACAUGUUGCGGCUGAAUUCUCGGUACGUUGUCGGUACAUGUUUCUGGAAACCGAGGAAAGGGGUCCCCCGUUGAGUACGUUGGCUCCUCGAACUAUCAUUUCCCAGCCUUAAUCUUGCCAGCGGAAUGAAGCCUUGGCUUGAUGAUGCGAGAUCUCGUCAACGCGGCGUGCGAAUUGGCGCCGACUUGUAGCCUCUUGGCCAUUGCUGCCCAGGACUGGGCCAAGCAGAGGUCCCCGAACCCGGAGAAGGAUUGCCCCCAUCCAUCAACACAUUCAUUUGUACAAUAUGCCACGGACAGGGCGAACUUCCGAUUUAGGUCUCUGUACCGCGUGUCAGUACGCGGCGUGGUGGGGUUUCCGGCUGCGGGCUCUACAACUGUAUGCAAGAGGGAAAUGAAUGGGGUGGGAUGGGAUGCAUGGAGGUAUGGAUUUGCAUUCCGGGAUGGCACCAAUAAUCAAGGGCCCAAAAACCAUGUGUAGGAACUGAACGACUGGUACCACAUGGCAGGGAUACAUACCUCGAUGCUGUAGCAUCCGAAUUUCACUGCGUAUGUGCUACAUCUACCGAAUGGUAGGAUCUAGGAUUGGGCUAUAGUGCCACUUAGCAGAGGAUUGGGAAUGGAAGAGAGAAAAAAAAGAAAAGAAAUAAGGAGACAGCACGCUCGUUGCCUCCCCACGGCUAUGCAGCCUGGUCCAGAAACUAGGAGACACCCCAUGUUCGCUGAUGCCAUUCAUUGUCACCAAAUCGGGACGGUAACGGAAGCUACCGCAACAUUGUUCAUAUAUAUCCAGUCCUUCUUGUUUGCAGGGUCUCGGCUGUUUGCUCUCACAGUCCUGGCUCUGCUACAUUUUACUUCGAUUGUCAUACCCUAACAACUGGAGAGUCCGUGACACUCCAUUGACACUCAGAUGGCUUCAACAAGCACAGCGGGAGACCGCAUCAAGAAGUUCCUCGGAAUUCCUGCCGACGAAAGACUCAACGACACAGCAUGCUACGUCGAUGGCUCCUUCGUAGAGUCGGAACCAACCACCCAGGACUUCCUCAACGAGAUCCGUCCGACAGUUCAGGGCACACUCAACUACCUCAGGGAAUUGUUUCCGUUUGUCAACUGGAUCUUCCACUACAACUUGACAUGGCUGUUGGGUGACUUUAUUGCGGGAGUCACGGUUGGCUUCGUUGUGGUACCGCAAGGCAUGGCUUAUGCAAAACUCGCCAAUCUCGCCCCUGAAUAUGGCCUUUACACUUCUUUCGUCGGUUUCGUGUUAUACUGGGCUUUUGCUACGUCAAAGGAUAUAACGAUAGGUGCAGUCGCUGUAAUGUCCACCAUUGUUGGAAACAUUAUCGCGAACGUCCAAAAGGAUCAUCCCGACUUUGACGCCGGCGAUAUCGCACGAACACUGGCCUUUAUUUCUGGAGCGAUGCUUCUCUUUCUUGGUCUCAUUAGAUUCGGUUUCAUCGUCGAAUUUAUCCCCAUUGUGGCCAUCUCAGCUUUCAUGACUGGGUCAGCAAUAUCGAUAGCCGCGGGACAGGUAUCCACCCUCAUGGGCAUUCCCAACAUCAACUCCCGCGAGGAGACCUACAAGGUCAUCAUCAACACGCUAAAGGGGCUUCCCAAUACACAUCUGGAUGCCGCCAUGGGCUUGACCGCGCUAUUUGGGCUGUACUUUAUCCGUUGGUUUUGUACCCAAAUGGGGAAGAGAUACCCCCGUCAGCAGAGGGCUUGGUUCUUCGUAUCCACGCUUCGCAUGGUCUUUAUCAUCAUUCUCUACAUUCUGGUCAGCUGGCUUGUCAACAGGCACGUCAAGGAUCCGAAAAAGGCGCAUUUCAAGAUCCUUGGACAUGUUCCAAGUGGCUUUCAACACAAAGGAGCUCCCCGUCUCGAUAACGAAAUACUCUCUGCCAUCAGUGGCGACAUUCCGACCACCAUUCUCGUUCUGCUGAUUGAACACAUCGCCAUCUCAAAGUCGUUUGGUCGCGUCAACAACUACAUCAUCAACCCAUCACAGGAACUCGUCGCCAUCGGCUUCACCAACCUCCUCGGUCCUUUCCUCGGCGGCUACCCCGCUACCGGAUCAUUCUCGAGAACGGCCAUCAAGGCCAAAGCCGGUGUUCGCACGCCUCUCGCUGGCAUCUUUACCGCCGUCCUCGUCCUGCUCGCUCUCUAUGCGCUCACCUCCGUCUUCUUCUACAUCCCCAACAGCGCUCUCGCCGCCAUGAUCAUCCACGCCGUCGGCGACCUGAUCACUCCUCCAAGGGAGGUGUACAAGUUCUGGCUGACCUCGCCGCUCGAGGUGGUCAUCUUCUUCGCCGGAGUGUUCGUUUCCAUCUUUACCUCGAUCGAGAACGGUAUCUACGUGACCGUCGCUGCCUCCGGUGCCGUUCUACUAUGGCGCAUCGCCAAGAGCCCCGGCAAGUUCCUCGGCCAGACCGAAAUCUACACGGCACCCCGCGAGUUGGUGCGCGGCAGCAAGGACUCCGGGCUCACGCAAAGCCUGCUGCAGAAGUCGGAGCACCACACCGCCUUCUUGUCUCUUGACAGGGACGACCUCUCCAACCCCGAGCUGCAGAUCUCGACUCCCUGGCCCGGUAUCUUCGUGUACCGCUUCGGCGAGGGUCUGAACUAUGUCAACUCGGCGAAACACCUCGACAACUUGACCAUCCAUGUCUUCAAGCACACUCGCCGGACGGAGUUGAACAAGUUCGAGAAGCUCGGUGACCGACCAUGGAACGAUCCUGGCCCGCGCCGCGGCCAAGCCUUCCUAACCGACGAGCUCGUUUCGCGCCCGACCCUGCGCGCCAUCAUCCUCGACUUCUCCGCCGUCAACUGCAUCGAUGUGACCGCCGCCCAAGCGCUGCAAGACCUACGCAACCAGUUCGACCGCUACGCACACCCGGAUAAAGUCGAGUGGCACUUCGCCGGCGUGUCGAACCGAUGGACCAAGCGCGCCCUCGUAGCGUCUGGGUUCGGUGUCGACUCGUUGCGAACGGCGAAGGUGCAGAGGGAAAACCACAAGGGUGGUGUUCAGGAGGUGGACCAGGGCCCGUUGGUUGCAAUUGGGCCUAGUGUUUCGGCUAGCGAUAUUGAGGCGGUGCCGGUCGGCACAAGUGGUUCGGGCAGUACGGACGAAAAGAGGCCUGAGGGUGAGGGUGGUGCUACAAAUGGUGGUAUGGAGAAGGGUAGUGCUAAUGGGGAGGAUAUCUCGACGGUGCCGACUGCGACCAGUGCUGACGCUUGUGCGUUGGCAAGGGACGCUGGAGGGAAGAGGUUGGUGCCGGUGUUUGGGAUUAACAGGCCGUUCUUUCACAUUGACGUGGCGACUGCUUUGAAGAGCGCGGUAAGGAAUACCGGAGUGGUGGCCGCAGAGUGACGGGCCUAAUCGGGCAUGAUCAGAUGGAGUUGGCUUUGUAUAGCCGGAGUUUUCCCAUUUUCCCAGACGAGAUACCUACUACGGUACGUAAUGUUGAAUGAUCUAAAAGUUGAAGGCACUGCACACUGUUGAUUUAUGGAUACCUGAGUGGCAUCAAAAUCAUUGCUGGUUUUUUUGAUAUCCUCCAAAUUGCACCUGAUGGAUAAAUACUUGCCGUGAAAUCCUUCCUCAGGUUACACCACCUAGCUAUACCACCUAGUUGAAGCUCACAUGAACGUGGUCCCUGAAGAACACCGAUCAGCACAACAUGCCAACUCAUAAUCAAGCCGAGACAUCACUGGCUUUGGGUAAUCGAGCCACGAUCCUCCAUAGUCCUCCAAGAAGUCCAGCUCUUGACCGAGCCGAUCGACGGGUUCCAGAUUUUCUGACCCCAAAUAACGUACUUGAGGUUGAGUGUACUCCGGUUAUUCAUGACCCAACUCAGCAAUCUCGCGGCCAGACAUGGUAGGGACCUGCACUCCAUCGACGGAUGUCAGCUCUACCCUUAGCUUCUUCUCCCAGCUUCAA